CUCUCUCUCUCUCUCUCUUCCCCCCUCCCCCCUCCCUUCCCAAGCUCCGUAACAUUAAAGCGAAAAUGCUCCUUUCGGUGCCUCCUCGUGCGGGGAUCGCCACUUUUGGCUACAACAAAAGCAACAAGAAGCAGCCUUAUGUCUCAGUGGCUCAGCAGAUGGCGCCCCCGAGUCCUAGUGGCAGCAGCAACAACAACAGCAGCAGCAGCAGCAGCAGCGGGCCAGGAGGAGGAGGUGGCGGUGGGGACCAGCUGAGCAAAACAAAUCUGUACAUCCGGGGGCUGCACCCGGGUACCACAGACCAGGACCUUGUCAAGCUGUGCCAACCAUAUGGCAAAAUUGUCUCCACCAAGGCUAUUCUGGACAAAACGACCAACAAAUGCAAAGGAUAUGGCUUUGUGGAUUUUGACAGCCCUACGGCAGCCCAGAAGGCAGUGACUGCGUUGAAGGCUAGUGGGGUGCAGGCCCAGAUGGCCAAGCAACAAGAGCAGGAUCCUACCAACCUCUACCUGUCAAACCUGCCUCUGGGCAUGGAUGAGGCUGAGUUGGAGUCAAUGCUGAAGCCAUUUGGACAGGUCAUCUCCACACGCAUCCUGCGUGAUGCUAGUGGCACUAGCCGGGGAGUUGGCUUUGCCAGGAUGGAGUCCACAGAAAAGUGUGAAGCCAUCAUCACGCACUUCAAUGGCAAAUACAUCAAAACACCCCCAGGGGUCCCAGCACCCCCAGAUCCAUUGCUUUGCAAAUUUGCUGAUGGCGGCCAGAAGAAGCGCCAGAAUCAGGGCAAAUACGUGCAGAAUGGACGAGCCUGGCCACGGGAAAGUGAUACGGGUGGGAUGACCUUGACCUAUGACCCCACAACUGCGCUACAGAAUGGAUUCUACACAACGCCGUACAGCCUGGCUCCUAACAGGAUGAUUGCCCAGACUGCACUCUCCCCGUAUCUUCCAUCACCUGUAUCCUCCUACCAGGUUCACAGCCCGUCAUGGAUGCACCAUCAAUCGUACCUCAUGCAGCCUACGGGGACAGUGCUGACCCCAGCCAUGGACCAUGCAAUUUCCAUUCAGCCCACCUCCAUGAUGGCGCCCUUAACCCAGCAGCUGGGCCAUUUGUCUCUCAGCAGUGCUGGCACGUAUAUGCCAGCGGCGGCAGCUAUGCAAGGAGCCUACAUCCCCCAGUACACACCUGUGCCUUCCUCAAGCGUUGCAGUUGAGGAGAACAGUGGUCAGCAGAGUCAUGUGACAGUGGAGUCCCCGUCAGAUCACACUGCCUACUCGUAUCAGUACAACAAGUAACAACAGAAGGGCUGGAGCCAGAGACCCCCCCAGGAACGGUCUCAAUGGGCGCAGCUGAAGGAGGAGAGAUGGGACUCCGACCUGCAAGAGGUUCGCUUGCUCCAGUGCUUACAACGUCUGGGCCCAACCUUGCCCUACAACCUGCCUUGAUAAUUGCUCCCAUUUUUCAUCCCUCUAGCACCAUCGAGUGGCUCAGUCUUGAGCAAUCACUUCAAGGGAGACAACUUUUUUUUUUAAUUUGUGCUGCGUUUAGAAGAUGGAACCAUUAUUGUUGUUGUUGUUUUUCUCUUUUUUUCUUGCAAAGAAAAAGGUUGUUUUUUUUUUUAAAAAAGAAAAUAACUGCAAUAGACUUUUGACACCAAGGAACCAAAGGAGGUUAGAGUGGAGGUGUAAAAGAUAACACCCCCACCCUUAAAUGUACAGAUGGACUGAGGACUAUUUUAAUACAAGGAAACAAUUUUUGGCGUGUGUGAGUGUGUGUUUCCGCGUUUAUUUUCUCGUUAACAACAAAGUCAAACGCUUUUAAUGCCACAAAAUCCCCAGAGAAGAACAAUAUAUAUAUAUUUUUCCUCUCUCUUUUGGGAAGAUUGCUCCGCACCUCUGGGAGGAAACAUUUGUUCCUUUGGAUUUUUUUUCCUUUAUCAUUUUAAAAGUUUUUUUUAAAAAGGACAAAUAUGCAAAAGUGUUUGAAUAUUUUUCGUUGUUUUAUAAGAAAAUGUUCUGAGAAAAGCCCCACUUCACAGCAGUAGGAUAAAAAUCAAUGCAGGAUUUUUUUCUUCUUCUUCAUUGGGAUGGGAGGGGGGAGGGAUUUUGCUUUAAAAGGAUUUAUUUUAUUAUUUCAAGAAGGUAAUUUUUUUUCUAAAAAAGACAAAUUUACAAAAAACAAAAAAGGAAAUCUACAAAAAAAUCAACAAAAAGGAAAUUUACAAAAAAAUGUUGAACUUUGAAAGGCAGCAUGAGGGGUUUUGAAUGAAACCUGUCAGGAUGGAGGUAGAGGAUGCGGCUGGUGGCGUUUAGUGAACGGAAACCUUCUUUUUGGCAUAAACUCUUCCCCAGCCAAAAGAGAGAGAGAGAGAGAGAGAAACAGAGUUUGCUCCAGACCUCGAUUUCUGCCCUCCACCCUGUCCGAUGGGAUCGGUUCUUGCUGGAUGCUUUGGAUUCUGAUUUGAGCUUCUGCGCGGACCCUUCUUUGCUUCCACAUGGAUCUUCCCCUCUCCCCUCCCCCCUGCUCUGGAUCAGGGGAACAAUAAACUGAUUGAGGAAUCUGCUGCCAGUGAUGUGUUGUCGCUUCUGGAUUCGUGGACAUUGAAUGGACACAUUGCCAGCUGCAGCGUUUUGCCCCGGGACACACACACACAGUGCCUUCUGCCGCCUGCGGUCCGGACUGUGCUGCCGUAUGCCCCUCACCGAUUCCUGCAUGCUUGUCAAACCCAGGUGCACAGUGCGUCUAUUCUCUUGACAAGCCAGUUGGGGGGCAGAUGGAGAUGCUUCCAACUGGCAGGGACUAGGGGAGUCUGUUCCAGUUGCUUUAAAAAAAACAAACAACCAGGGAGCAUCUAGCACCUUGCAGGGGAUGACCGCGCUUACCCCGCCCCAAACAGAGAUCCUAGUUACUAUGCACGUUUCCCCCACCCCAGUUCUUGGUUGCUGGCUCCCCAGAUUCGCAAUAGCAGGAGACUUAUGUGCAAUAAUCCGUCCCUUCCUACAGUGCGUUUCCCUGGAGAGCCUCUUGAAGGUACCAAGUGCUUUAGACACCUCUGCAUGUUUCCUCCCCGUUUCUCCUUUACCAUCCCACCCCAGUUGCUUUCCCAUACCAAAUGGUGCUAAAAACGUCUUAUCUUCGCCAACAUCAUAAAAUCUCCCCAGCCCGGCUGGCAUGAAGUUGUCCCUUCCACUUUUUUUUUUUAAUUGCUUUGUGAUCAUCCAAACCUUGUCUUCUCCUCUCCCCCAAAACACCUUUGAGAAAAUAGCUCUUAUGCCGCUGACAAUCAGGGAGGACUAAUUGCAGAGGCUAUAUGGGUGUCAUGUGAGCCAGGAAGUGAGAGUGUAUGUGCCUGCGCCACAUGAGCUGUGUGUGUGUGUGAGCGUGUAUGUUGUAGGGUGGUAUUUGAAGAAGAGAUUCCUGCUUAAUUUGGUUUGUGUAGUUCUCAGGACACUUUUUUUGUUUUUAAAAGUAUCUUUAGUACUGUCCUGACUGUGAGUAGGAUCAGGUUUAUCUCCUAAAAACAGUGCUUGAGGUUUUGGAACAUUAAAGGCUAAUAAUCUCACCCACCCACCCUUCUACAUAACUCCCUGGGCUUGGCUGUUCACCCCCCUCUGUUGCAGAGCCCUUAGAUGGCGGGGGCACAAGGGGAACUAGUCCUAGAGUUCCAGAGAGUCAACCCCCCCAUUAACUCUUCAGGUGCCAGCAUGGGUAGAGACCUGUUAGUAUAAGCUCUUGGGAUCCAUGUCUAACCAUCUUUUACAUAUGCUGCCUGGAUCAUCUCAGUCUGUUGUUUUCUCUGCAUGUUGCUGAGCCAUGCUCAAGUGCCUUCUUUUGGGCCUAGGUGGUUUUGAACCCAUUGCUUCCUUCUCUAGAAAUUUCCCGCCGCCCCUCCCCCUGCACAUAGUAUGUCUAAGGGCUGAAGCUUCUUCUGUAGCUCCAGACCUAAUCAUUUGCGAGGGGGAAAUGGGAAGAAGAGUCUUUGAAAUAGGAUCCCACUUGACCAUGGCAAUUUUAAUGUCUGGCGAAGAGGGCAUUGCUCCACAUACAUGGGUAGAACAACUCCUGCCACACACACACCCCGGCCUUCAUCAGAAUGGCUGCAUUGCAGUUGGUACAGGGAAAUGAAGGCUUUCCGCUUCUCACUCUAUGAAGGGUUUCCACCCCACGCUUCUGUUUUUCUUGCUCUGCUGAUUUCAUUAUAUCCAUAAGAUGCCAGCAACUGCAACGAUCUGAUAUGUAGCUCCUUGGGCAACUAAUACAUGCUGGCACAGGAUUUGACUGGUGGGUUCCAAGGAUCCUCCAGAUGUGGAACACAGUCCAAAGAACAUUUGAAAUGUGUGCAAAUGCUUCCUGGGUUUUAUUUAUUUUUGUCACCUGGCAGCAGUUCCUUGCAGUGCAUCAGAAGUUACUCCUCCAUGUUUAAUUAACAGAAAAUUGCUGCUUUUAGUUGGGGUGAGCUGCAUAGGCAAAGCUGGCCCCUAAAGUUGUUUGGAUCAGGCCCCUGGGGGCAUAAUCCCCCAAGCAGUUUUCUUGUGCCCUGCUGAAAUGAAUUGGAGCUACGCCAGAACAUCUGAACUCUUUCUUGCCACUUCCUUUCAUUUCAUGGGCUUUGUAUAAGGGAACUUCCUUGUAGAUUGUGCCCCGUGACCACGCGUCUAGGAUGCUAGGCAAUUGGUAACAGAACCCAAAUUCUGGGGGGGAAAUAAAUAGAACCAGGCUGUUGCUGCAAAUAACAUUUAAUAUACUAUAGUCCCUUUUUAAGUGUCCGUUUUCUUGAAAAUGAAUCAUUUAAACAAAACUAAGUGUGAGAGUCUCCUGGUUUUUGUCAAUAUUCAUGAUUUUAAUCUCACAAACUUUUAGAAAAAAUUUCUGAUCUUAAAUUAGCAGAACUGGGAAAGUGCUAGACAUUUGAUAUUGGGCCCAUGGAGUGAUGUGUUUAUUCAGUCUCAGGUCUAGUGCCCAAAAUUUGGUGCUUAAGCCUAAGAAUUUAUCUAAACCAGUAAUUUUUUAAAAAACCCUGACUCUUCUUUAUGCUACUUAUUUCUACUCCUUUUGUGGCAGCAGGCAAUGAAUGUUUAAGUCAUAGUUAACAACACUAACCACGUUAGAGGUCUGAAUCCUGGUUAAUAUUCCCCAAAUGAACCAGGCUGUAGGUUGUUAACCCUGCAGACUAUACAUAGCAGAUCCCAACACAAUCUGCUUGCCAUUUUGGAAACAGAAAGGUGGGAAAAUUGCUUUAACCAUGGUUCCCUUAGUACAAUGCUUAGCCAUGGUUAAUACAAAUUAUGCUUUUAUUUUCUAUUUUACAGGCAGUCUUUGAUCACGGAUCGGUCAUGGUACUCAUACUUAAUCCUGGUUGAGGAAAAGUAACCAUUGUUAAGCAUUAUGUCUGCAUGGAGACGAUGUUGCCCCUUUUCCUAGGGUAAUCCAGUUAAGACAAGACUCUGAAUCAAUCUGUAUAGUGCUAGGAAAUAGAAUACAAAGCCAUAUGCUCAGGGUACAAUCUAGUAAGAAUGGGCUAUAAUUAAAAGUGCAAUCCUAUGAAUAUUUAUCCCAGAGAGGUCAGUCAAUCCCCAAAAAAUUCAGACCAGGUUUCUUUCCAAAUACACAGUUCAAAGUAAUGAGAUGGUAGCAUGGAACUGAGCUGUUCAAAGCAAUGGGGUAGUAGCAGAUCCGCACCUACACUGCAGUCCUCAUCGCCAGCCCCAUUGAACUGGAGUAGUGUGUCGUUUGGUGGCCAUGCGGACAUGCGUUUCCCCUCAGAAGCCACCCGUUGCUAUGUGCAAAUAGUUGGUUUAAGGCUAAAUGGGAUGGAGCCCAAAGUUUCAGUCUCUCUUGAGAAAUCAGAGUCCUGCUUUUGUCUCUUGAUCAUACCGUAACUUGUCAUAACACGGUUUCUGCUUGCACAUCUGUGACUGGCCGUUUUGGUCUCCUUAUUUAACAGGAUGAGGGGAGGGCAAUGCGAAUUCUGUCUCCCUCUCACAUUAUCAGUUCUGGCAUUUUUGGCACCAAGUUCCAGUCAGAGACCAACAUUUUUUGAAAUACUGGAUUGGUGGCAGGAUUUUCUUCUAAUUGUAUGUUCCUGGAUCAGAAAGCUACACUUUGUAUUUAUUGGCUACCCAAUGUGCAUAUUUACAGGCAGAAAACCAGUGCUGGCAUUCAGCUCUUAUUAAAUACGUUUUCUCUAAAAUGGAGUUUAAACUUCCAUGCUGGAAAAGGUAAUGUGGGAAAUUAACACGAGAGCCUUGCUUUACUUUCUGCAUCUCAGAAAGUCCUGAAAGACGUGGGACUGCUAUAUAGGUGGCAUUUCAUGCAGAAGACUUUUGUCCCAUGCCACAGAAGACUAUCAGUGUCUUCUAUCAUUUAGACUAUCAUUUAGAUGCUGCCUUGGGUUUGCAAAAUUCAGCUGCACAGAACUAAACAGAUGAUAUCCUGCAAUGCUUGUAGCCCCGUCAACAUCACCUGUGCAGACUCCUAAUCCAAUCUUGUGCCGGGCACUCUGCAAAUACGUAACGUGAGCAGCAGCAAACUGCCCUCUUAUUACCUAGGUCAGUGCAACAAGCGAGUAUGUGGAGCGCAUGAAUUUUCCUGUGUGCACACAUGCACACACUAAUUCCAUAUAUUGUUCUUUUCAAUUUCUCUGCAAACUUGUUCCAUCUGCUUUAGCUUCUAGCUGGUGUGUGUGCUUUUUCAUGCAUGUGCAACAGCACUAUUCCCCCCCCCCCCCCACACACACUGUUUAUUUGCAGGCAUGGGUAAAAUUUGGUGGAAAGUGGGAAUGUGUGGGCAAAAGCACACGUGCCAUUUUUCAGGACGACGUGUCAAAUUAGUUUCUUCUGCAUCAUCAAGAAGUCAUCUUUGGGAGUCCAGGGGGUGAUACUAAUAUAUGGCCCGAGGGGGAGGGGCGAUGGGAGCCGCCUCAACGCUGCUUUCAUUCUGAUGCCUCUAUGGCUAGUUUUCAUUUUUUCCCUCUCCCAUUUGGCCAAAGAUACCAAAAGAAAUGCCACCACCCACCAUUCUGAGGGCAUUUCCUGUGUGGGCAGGCAGAGUCUUAAUUUGACACCUACGGUUGCCUAGUAGGGAUCAGUGUGAUGGAAAGGAACAGAAGGGAAGUAUGGACAGGUGGAACACUGGCAAAAGCUUAAAAGGAAAAACAGAAGGGGGAGAGAUGGAAAGCAAAGGAGGCACAGAAAGUAUGAAAUUGUUACGAUGGGGGGGGUUAGGAUGCAUGUAAGAGUGGAUGGCUAGGGUGUGUGUACAUGCAGACAUGAGCAAGUGUGCGCAGAGGGCAUGGUUAUAGACCACAGUUCAUCACUGCAAGCUUCCUCAUGUUCCUGAGCCCUGUUCUCAUGCCCACCACCCCCUUAAUACAAUUACCAGCAUUCCUCCAUCCCCAAAGGGCACACACACUCAAGCUAAACUGGCUCCAUGCUUUUGGUCAGCUGAUUCCACUUUCAUCCCAUUGUUCCAUGGCUGGACGGAUGUGAAAUAGUUAGGCAAGUGCUAGGUUCCCACCAAACUUAUCUUUACCCUCAGUAGGCUGCAAGGACCAACUUUAAACAGCUCAGACCAGAGCUGGCAGGAAGGCACCAGGCUUUCUCAAUAUUCAUGGCCCGUAACCCAAGCUCUAGUCCUAGAAUAGCUUCCCAGAGCUUUCAGCCAUGCUGACAUAAGUCAUGCCUCUUCUGCAUUCUGGAUGUCAAUGGCGAGCAACUUGCAAGUUUGAAACCAUGCUUUGGAAACUUGAGUGCCUGAACAUGGGGACCGAAUUCAAGGAGCUGGGGCCUAGGAGAGCGAGUCUCUUGAGCUGCUAGAUUUUUAAUCUUGUGCCUUGAUUUCCCCUAUCCUAUUCUGCCAGUGGGGGAACUGCUCCCUGCACUUUAAAACUUCCAGUACAGUAAAGGCCUUUCCCAUCAGCCUCCCCUCCCCAGCCUUGUCCUAAUCCAUACCCACAAAGCCCUGUGCGCUCUGCCCCAGCUUCCCUGCAUAAGAACAAGCCCGUCUCCUGCAUCAUGCUUUGCCCCCAUUCAGCCAUCUGCCAUGCUGGAGAAAGCAGCAGCUGAUUGCCUCUUAAGAUCUGGCAGACUGUAGAUGUCUAGUCCCUCUUCAAUGCUGGUAUUUUUUAAAAAGCAAGUUCCGCCAUCCAAAACUCCCAUCUCCUGCCGCCAUGCUUGCAUCAAAACCUGUCCUCCUUGGAAGUUGUUGGUGCUAUUAAAAACAAAACCACCCCCGGUUCAGAACUUCCCUUCAUCAUUCUGUUCACCAGUUCCAGUUUUUUAUCAUUCUUAGCUACACAUCUACCUCACAUGUACUUGCAGUUCAUUUAUAUAUCCCGAACCGGCAAACUGCACCUUCUCCAAGGGACAAGCUCUCCCUGCCCCCAUCCUUAGAAAUUUUUCUGGGCUUCUGUGCUUUGUUUAAGGGGGAGAAAGAAGGGGAAUGUUUGUUUUGACAAAAAAAAUUCCUGUGUUGCUGCUAAUUAUUUGGAUCUUUGUUAAUGUACCACCCUGUGCUUCCCCUCCCCUUUGUAAAAUGAAUUAUGCCAAGUUAGUUGAUGUCAUUGGAACGGAAAUGGUUUGUCCAAUGUGAGGGCAGAGUUUUGUGGCCACUACAUGGGACCUUGACCAUGGCAAGAAUUGGUAAUAAAAUUGCUUCCUUUUUUGCUCAACACUUGCUCUUCAAAAUGGCGGCAUUGCUUACAUUGGAAAAUGAGAGGUUUCCAACUAGAGAGGUGGUCCAGGAUUUGCAGUAGAUACUAUUUCAGACCGCUCGGGCACAGCCUUUUCUUUUUAAAAAUGGACUUGCCAAAGCAGGACAGUGGCUUAGGACUCAUCCUGGGGAUGCUCGAGCUAUCAAGGCCCAGCAAAGGGAAUAAUGACUACCCUUCGGAGCAGGCCACUAUGAUGGCUCUGAGACUGCAUGAAGCCUUAAAAGCUUUAACCAACUAAAGAAUUCAAAAGAGAUUCUUCUCAGUAAGAGGAAAGGAGUCAUUGGCCCCAAGCGACGUAGCUCAUCAACAUCCAUUUCUAAUUUUCAGUUUCUGGCUGUCUAUGUAAAAGCAACAGUCUGACAGCAGCCAGUAACAAGCUGUUUGCCAAGAUUGCAGAAAGAAUGCAGUUUUUUGCCUAGGGUUGUUGCUAUGUGUAAAAAUAAGACAGGUCUGUAACUUCCUCAAGCAAUUAGAUCGGGCUAGUAAUGGCAAAGGCAGCCAAAUGGACCAGUGGUGUGAACCAGGAUGGCUGUUCUAAGCCACACAGUCUCAAAUGAACGACUGUAAAGUAGCAGUCCUCGCAGCAGUGCUUCUGUCCAAAGGGAAACGAUGCUCCUGAUAAACACCAGUCCCUCAGCUCAAAAACUGAUGUGUAGUACAACAGCAAUCAACAUAGGCUGAGUAGGCUAGCUAGCAAUCAGAUCAUACUCCAAACCAGUUCCAUUCCAACAGUGCAUGAAGACUUCAGUCCCCUCAUUCUUCUGAUUCUUUUAGUGUUGGAGUUUUGCUGUUCCAAAGAGAAUACUAACAGACUGACUGGCAGUUGUUUCUUUGGAUGGGAUGGGUGAGAGUCAAUAGUCUGUCUUCUAAAAGCCUCACUUUGCCAGUGGAGGUGUUGAAACCGUUCAUGCAAUUAAAAUGUGGCCAUUUCAGCGGCUAUAAAAUAUUGAAAGAGGAUUUUGAACUUUGGAAAUGUGUGUGUGUUUGUGUGUGAGAGUUGGAACCAAUGCAACAGUAGCCUAGCCUACUCAACUGCAUCGUCACUUGGCUGCCCCUUUCCUCUGCAGCAGCGUAUCUUUUUCUUGGUAGUUUUGAUGGCUACACCAAUGCCUUGCCCUGUAGCAAAUUGCUGUUAAAAGCAUAUAGCAAUACCCACCCACCCUAAGCAGCAUCUGUCUCAUGCUGGUUUCUGUCUACAGCAGGUUACACCUAAUGUGUUUUAAAAUACAUAGCAGAUGUUCAGCAUAACAUUGGACCUUACAUUGGCUAACUUAAAAAAAAAUUACAUACUUGCUAUGGAUUCUCACACAGAUCUUUUGUGAACACUUCUAGCGCUCAACACAAUGGGGACUCCCGGAGCACAAGCUUGCCUCUGGCUCAAGAAACUCUGAACUCUAUUUUGAAGCAACUAGAACUCUCACGGGCCGUUUCUUUUCUGUGCUUCCAUAUACUGCAGGAUGUAGUGAGUUUUUGAACCUCCACCUCACUUCACAUCUCAACUAACUGUACCUGCUCGUUUUAUUUAUAUACUUAGGACUAUUUGUACAGGUUUUUUUUAAUUAAAAAAGUUUCUAUAGUUUUGUACCUUCCAUGCUACAGCCAGGCCUGUUUCUCUCUCUCAAUCCCAUACAUCUUUCCCUCUGUGGAGCUCUGACCGGUCUCAUUUUGAUCAAUUUUUGUUUUUAAAUAAAAUUGUGGAAAAAAAAGAA